AUGGAAAAUUUUCUCACCUAUGAUUUUUCAAGCGACGCCUUGGGGCAAAUCGAAAUCGGCCAGAGGCAAAAUGACCCGAAAUUGAACGUCAAAUUGGCUGAAAGAGACCUUUGGGAUGCAUUUGACAACGUUGGAACAGAAAUGAUCAUCACAAAAACCGGUCGCCGAAUGUUUCCUGGAAUCAAAGUCAACAUCUCCGGCAUGGAGCCACACGAAAAAUACGUCGUCAUUUUGGACUUCGCCAAUGUCGAUGAAAAACGGUACAAAUUCUCAGAUGGCGAAUGGAAACUCGGGGGAAGAUGCGAGCCAAAUCAUCCAAAAAGAUUUUUCAUCCACCCGGAUUCGCCGAAUACUGGAGAUCAUUGGCAACAAAAAACGAUCUCCUUCCGCGGCGCAAAACUGACCAACAACUUGAUCAACGACCCCAACAUGAUCGUCCUCAAUUCCAUGCACAAGUACCGCCCCCGCGUCCACGUGAUCAAAUGCUCCUCCCUCUCCGCCAUCUCCUCUUCGCCCUUCUCCACCUUCGACUUCCCAAAAACAUCGUUUAUCGCCGUCACAGCUUACCAAAACACCGCAGUCACGAAGCUCAAAAUCGCUCACAACCCCUUUGCCAAAGGUUUCCGCGAGCGAGCGCCUGCCAAAAAGCGCUCAGCGAAUCAAAACGCUUCUGCUCCAAAACGACCGCGAUCGCUCAGCCCAAGCAGCACCAAUCAGAUUCCGAUCAUCGCUCAUGAAAACUCCUGGUCCAGCGACUCCUACACCAUCCCAGUCGAAUAUCCCCAGCAACCGUAUUCCGUCUCGCCGACGCCAGACAGUCUACCAGACAGCACGAAUCAAGCAAAUCCGCCGCAAAUCUUCGCCGAAACCGCGAUCUACCCACUGGACCAUCUGGGGUAUCAAAACCAAUUCGAGCCGAUUUCUCAAUUUCAACCUUUCUACACCCCGCCAAAUAUGAACCAGUAUCAAAACUUCUACCCAGAAACUCAUGGUUUCACCGCUGAACCAAUUUUGAACCAAAAUUUGGACCAAAAUCUCGUCUCUUUUCUCGAAUAA